AUGGCGAGGCUCGUACCCAGGAGAUCACCUAUGCUGCCGCAGGAUGGUAGUAUGGGUCUUGCUAUGCAGAGUAGAGCAGUUGAUACACGAGUGCAGUUGGGUAUUAGAGAGGGUGAGCCAGAGGGUACACUUGUUGGUACGAUACCAGUGAAGCCGGACUUCACGUACAGAUUUAACGAGCCCCCACAGGAGUUCACGUUGGAUCCAGAGAGCGGACAAAUUAGAACGGCUAGGGUACUCGACAGGGAGGCCCUACUCACUGAUAAAUUCGAUCUCGUUGUUCUCUCCAGUCAGCCGACAUAUCCCAUUGAGGUGAGAAUUCAUGUGGUUGAUGUCAAUGACAAUGAUCCUGAAUUUCCGGAGUCGAGUAUAGCUGUGAGUUUUUCGGAAUCAGCGGCUGCUGGAACAAAAUUACUCCUCGACGCCGCUACUGAUAGAGACACACCUGAUAAUGGUGUUGUCGAUGAUUAUUUCAUCGUCGAUGGCAAUACCGAUGGGAAAUUUCGCCUCGAUGUUACGGCCAAUCCCAGCGGUGAAACAACGUAUCUUCAUUUAGAGACAACUGGUAAACUUGACAGGGAACAAGUUGAAUUUUAUUCCCUAAACGUGUGCGCGAGGGACCGUGGCAAACCCCCGAGACUCGGUUAUUUACUCGUUAAUGUUACGGUACUUGACGUCAAUGACAAUCCUCCGAUUUUCCAGCAGAGUGAUUAUGUUGUGGCACUGAAUGAGAGUGCACCCGUGGGAACCAAUGUUCUCACGGUACAAGCAACUGAUAAAGACACGGAGGACAAUUCAAAAUUAACAUAUUAUUUGCCAGAUAAUGAGGGACAGUUUACAAUUGAUCCGGAAACUGGUACUAUCACAACCGCAGAAUUACUCGACUGCCCGCAACAAAGUUGCACCGCAACGAGACCCAGUGGUAGUUGUCCAAAGAGUUGUGUAAUAACUGUUUUCGCCCGUGAUCAUGGCUCACCACGUCAGGAUGGUAGAACUUAUGUAACAGUUAAUCUACUCGAUGCUAAUGAUCACGAUCCAGAAAUAAAAUUCAGCUAUUUUCCGGCUGAGCCUGGAUUUGCAACAGUCGAUGAAAAUGCCGCUAAAGACUCAAUAGUGGCGGCUGUUGCUGUUGUUGACAAUGACGAGGGUCUCAAUCGUGAGACAAGCGUGGAGAUUCGCGCUGGCAAUGAGUUGGGCCACUUUCGUCUCGACAAUACCCAGAGCUUCGACAUAGUGCGGGUUAAUGGUAGACUCGAUCGUGAAGAAAUUCCAAAAUAUAAUCUCACUAUUGUUGCAACUGACAAAGGAACACCGCCAAGAUCAGCAACGGCAUAUCUCGUGAUACAUGUCAAUGAUGUCAAUGAUCAUGAUCCAGUAUUUCAACAGAGUGAAUACUCGGCUGUGCUGUCGGAGCUGUCGCCAAUUGGCAGUUUUGUCGCAAGUAUUUCAGCGACAGAUGCUGAUUCGGGUCUCAAUGCCAAAAUAUACUAUGAUUUUGACUCGGGUAAUGAACAAUCAUGGUUUGUCAUUGAUCAGGACACGGGUUUAGUGACAACAGUGGCAACAUUGGACCGUGAAAUUCAAGGGAGCAUUGAGCUGAGGGUGACAGCAAGGGACGGUGGGCCAAAUCCGAGGUACGCCACGACACACCUCAGGGUCACUGUACUCGAUGAGAACGACGAGGCCCCCAGGUUUGGUCAAAGUAUCGUUCAAGUAACAUUAUCCGAAAAUACACCAGCGCACAGUUUGGUAGCGACCCUCGCAGCUGUCGACAAUGAUCAAGGAACAAAUGGAAGUAUUGCUUACAGUUUACACCCGAGUGUCCUCAGGGAUUAUCCAAAGACAUUUGCUCUUGAUGCCCUCACUGGACAAUUGACAACUAAAAUUCCGUUAGACAGGGAAACAGUCGCUGAUUACCGAGUGCUUGUGGUUGCACGAGAUCAAGGAACUCCCCCGCAGUCAUCCACAGCUACUGUUUUACUUUCACUCGAGGACGUUAAUGACAAUGCUCCAGUGUUUUAUCCGAGGAGUUAUUUAAUGCCAAUUCCGGAAGACACUGCACCGGGCAGCUCGAUUGGAAAGGUCACAGCAACGGAUGCUGACGCCAGGGAAAAUGCACGAGUGAGAUAUACACUUGAAUCCGGUGGUGAGGGAUUAUUCACAGUUGAUGAAAGAACUGGUGAAAUAACUAUUCAGGGUUCUCUGCGUCUUGCACAAAAGACCCUCUACGUAUUGACUAUUUCUGCGAGAGAUACGGGGGAUAGAGUGGCUGUUAAAAAUGCUGUAGUUGAAAUUUUGAGACGAGAAGACUUGGAAAAUCUAGAAUUCGACACGUACAACGGCUACGAGUUUAAAAUAUCCGAAGACAAGGGUGAGUGCACUGAUGUAUCAUCGGGAUACAAUAGGGAAGUUGGCUCUGUCCAAGUAACCCACUUCGCUACCUCCAAGGUAUCUUAUGCAAUCGUUUACGGAGAUCCUCGUGGUAACUUCAAGAUCGAUGAGCAUUCAGGUGUCAUAUCAACAGCUGGGUGCCUCGAUCGUGAGGAGGUUGCUUACUACAGCCUCCGUGUAUCAGCAAAAACUGGUCUAGCGCGGGGAAUCACUUCUGUUAACGUGACAGUAUUAGAUGUUAAUGAUAAUUCACCAAAAUUUCCUAAAGGGGAGAAGGGAGAUGAGGUACUGCUGAGGGAGAACGCUGCGGUGGGACAGGAAGUCUGUCUGGCUAGAGCAAGGGACAGGGAUAUCGGUGCUAAUGCUAGAAUAACUUACACAUUAACGCAUAAUCCUGGUGGACAAUUUAGGGUAGCUGAGAACUCGGGUAUAAUUUAUUUGGAUAAACCUGUUAGAGCUUCUCCAGGUACGGUGCUAACUCUCGAAGUAACUGCUGUGGACACUGGUGCACAGCCUCUCUCAGCUCAACACCAAGUGAGAGUAACGAUUGAGGAUGUAAAUGAUCACACACCAGUGUUUAAAUUAACAAGCUAUGAAAUUUCACUCCUCGAGUCAACACCGGUGAAUGAAAGAUUCUUCGCACUUCGAGCAUCUGACGCUGAUCUGGGUGCUAAUGGUAGAAUCUUGUACAGUGUAACUGAUGGAAAUCAGCAAGACAGAUUUGGUAUAUUUCCGGACGGUCAAUUAUACGUUAAACACUCCCUCGAUCGAGAGGAGCAGGACUAUUACGCAUUGGAAGUAACUGCCUGCGAUCAAGGUGUGCCCAGUCGAAGAUCGGUGGUGCCCGUUGUUGUUCACAUAAUCGAUGAGAAUGAUAAUGCACCACAAUUCACUAAUUCCUCAUUUACGUUUCACAUACGUGAAAAUGAACCACCGGAUACAUUCGUUGGUAAACUACUCGCAACUGACAGAGACGUGGGAAGAAAUGCAGAUCUGACAUUCUCAUUACCCUCAACCCAACAGGACUUUAUUGUUGAUCCGAGAAAUGGUUUUAUCAAGUCUCUUCAUAUUUAUGAUCGGGAGGAGUUGGUCGCCAAUACAGGUACCAGUCAUAUCAGUCUAGAGGCAACAGUCACUGACAAUGGAAUCAGCCGUUUGCGUGAUAAAGUCAAAGUUACGAUUUAUAUCGCUGACGUUAAUGAUAAUGCACCGCUAUUUCAACGUUUGCCGUAUCGUGUACAAAUUAGCGAGGGGGCAACAAUUGGUACGCAACUCUUGAGGGUUUACACAACUGAUGCUGAUGAGAAACUCAAUGGCGAUGUCUUUUAUUCCCUGGAGGAUGGUAAUCAGCAUGGAAGAUUUGUCAUUGACGAGGCAACUGGUCAGAUAUCCCUCUCAAAAAUCCUUGAUCGCGAGACCCUCGACAAUUACUUAUUGACCGUGGUGGCUCACGACGCUGGGUUAGAGGUCAGACUCUCCUCCAGUGCCACAGUGACUAUUGAAAUACUCGAUGAGAACGACAACGCCCCGAAAUUUGUCGAUAACAUGUCCCAGAUAUCAGUGAUUGAGACAACACCAAUAAACACUGAAUUAUUGAGAUUCAAAGCCAGUGAUGAUGACCUUGGGGCAAACUCAGAGUUGACCUUUGGAAUAUCCGCAGGCAAUCGGCGUGAUGCGUUUUACAUUGACCCACUCACUGGUGCUUUAUACCUGAGGAAACCAUUGGAUUACGAGGAACUUGAAAGUUACACCUUGAACAUAACAUGCACCGACGGAGGUCAUCCUAAGUUGAGCUCAGUAACAACGCUCAGGGUUGAUGUGAUUGACGCCAAUGAUAAUCCACCAGCUUUUCCCAACACAGCCAUCGUACGUCAGAUUAGAGAGGGAAUAACUGUGAGAACACCUGUGCACUCGGUAACCGCUGAGGAUCCAGAUUCUGGUGAGAAUGGCGCUGUGACUUAUGCAAUAGCUAGUCAAGAUCCUCAGGAUGACAGGAGGCACUUUGGAAUUAAUCCAACGACUGGAGUCAUUCACACGUUGCUUCCGAUAGACAGAGAAGAGGUCGAUACAUUUAAAUUAGUCGUUGUUGCUACAGACAGGGCGCAGCCACCCUCAUCUAGACUAUCAGCUGAAAAAUUGGUAAUUGUAAUCGUCGAGGAUUUGAACGACAAUGCACCACUAUUCGUCAGCAUGUCAGCAACAGUAUUACCCUCCAAGUCAACUCUCAACUACAAUUUGGGAAAAGAGAUUCCAGUGGCGCGACUUUUAGCAAGAGAUCUCGACUCCAGUACCAAUGGAUUGGUGACGUACGAGCUUAUGCGACCUAGUGUAAACUUCUCGGACAUGUUCAGAGUUCACAGGAGUACCGGUGUCAUAACCAUGAAGCUCCCCAAGGGAUUAAAAACCAUGGAGAGAACUUGGAGAUAUCAGAUUGGAGUCAGAGCCACUGACGAAGCUGUUCAAGCUGAACGUAGAUCAUCAGAGACUUAUCUCACUCUCAUUGUACCUGGUGAAAAUGAUGACAAACCUGUAUGGGAUCAUCAAGGGCCACUCGAAGCCACUGUAUACGAGAAUGAGCCACCUGGUACAAGUAUCCUACGCGUUAGUGCACAUUCGCGAAGAUCUGGUGUUGAUAUUGAGUACUAUGUGACAAACGUAACUGCUGGUAGUAAUGGUGAACAAGUGGAUAGACUGUUUGACGUUGAUAUUAAGAGUGGACUACUGCAAACUUCUGGACCCCUUGAUAGAGAGACUGGCGUCGAGUGGUACGAGGUGGAGAUUUAUGCUGUUGCUAAUGGUGGCGAAAGACCCAGUACUUCAUUCAUCAAGGUUCGUGUAACGGUCCUCGACAAAAACGACGUGGCACCCUCAUGGAUGCCGGGGCCAUGGCGAUUUGAGGUGUCCGAGGAGGCGCCACCGGGUACAGUAGUGACUGUAUUAAAAGCCCAAGAUCCCGAUACAAUUGGUACCCUCAGAUACACAUUAGUAUCGUUGAAUAAAAAAUCACUAAUUGAUGAAGAGGACACUGGAAAUGACGUUGAGAGCAAUCAAGUGGAUCGGCAAUUUCGUUUGGACGCUGUAACCGGACAGUUGAGACUGGUUGAAGCACUUGACAGAGAAACCAAGGAGAAAUAUGUACUGAGGGUUCGCGCCGACGAUGGAAUCCAACACACCGAUAUUCAUCUAAUUGUCCAGGUGACAGACACCAAUGACAAUGCACCGGUCUUUCAGUCAAUGGCGUACUCAUUCGAUGUACCUGAGAAUGUACCCAGGGGAAGUCGACUUGGACAAGUCGUCGCUGUUGAUGCUGAUGGAGAUGGACCCAAUAGCCAAAUCAGUUAUGCACUUAUUUCGGAUUGGGCUAAUGAUGUCUUCUCCUUGAAUCCAACCACUGGCGUCUUUACUCUCACUUCUAGUCUUGAUUAUGAACAGGUCCAGCACUACAUCCUCGUUGUACAGGCAACUGAUUCUGGGGUACCAGCAUUAUCAACUACCGUCACGGUCUACUGCAAUGUUGUUGACUUGAACGACAAUGCACCGGUAUUCGAGCCGGGUCCACAUGGCAGUGAAGUACCUGAGAAUGCGACAAUUGGUACUGCUGUACUCUCGGUGAUCGCCCAGGAUCUUGACUCCGGUGACAAUGGUCGGGUCGUUUAUGACAUUGUGAGUGGUGAUGAUGAUGGGGAUUUUGGGAUCGCUGAGAAUGGCACUCUCUUCACCAGGAAACAACUCGACCGGGAGGACAGGGCUAUUUAUAAUCUUGUUAUCAGAGCGAGAGAUUGUCCAGUGUCACCUGCUAAACCACUCACAUCAACUGUUCAGGUAACAAUGGUCCUCCUGGACAUAAACGACGUAGCCCCCGAGUUUAUAACCCCGAAUGAAACCUCAGUGAUGGAAAACGCGCCAACCAACACGAUCGUAAUGGCAAUAAAAGCAGUGGACAAGGACGAGGGUCGAAACGGAUACGUUGAAUACUCCCUGGAGGACACAUCGGUUCCGUUCAAUCUCGGUGCUGUUGACGGUCUCCUCCGGGUGUCAGGCCACCUGGACCGCGAGCGCAGACAGAACUACACCCUCAGGGUAACAGCGCGCGACCGGGGUGAACCACCAAAGUCGUCAUCAGUAAUCAUAACUGUUGGUAUUCUCGACGAGAAUGACAAUUCCCCGAUAUUCGAUCCCAGACAGUACUCGUCAACAGUCGCGGAGAACGCUAGCAUCGGUGCCAGUGUUCUCCAGGUGUCAGCCACUGACAGGGACGAGGGAGCUAAUGGCAGGGUUCGCUACAGCAUCGCAAUGGGCGACGAAAAUCGUGACUUCACCAUCUCCGAGGACUCGGGUGUCAUCAGGGUCUCGAAAAAUCUCAACUACGAGAGAAAAUCGAGGUACAGACUCACCGUCAAGGCUGAGGAUUGCGCUGAAGAGGCAGGGGAGAGCUCCAGGGAAGACACCGCUGAAGUUAUCAUCAGUGUCAUUGAUAUCAAUGAUAAUGCUCCGGUCUUCUUGGACUCACCCUAUCUUGCUCAUGUCAUGGAGAACAUGGUACCACCUGGUGGUGGCUUCGUCAUUCAGGUUAAAGCGUAUGACGCUGAUACACCACCGUACAACGAUCAGGUCAGAUAUUUCUUGAAGGAGGGAGACACGGAUCUGUUUCGGAUUAAUGCCAGCACGGGAGAUGUUUUUCUGCUGAGAUCACUCGACAGAGAAAUGGUCCCCGAGUACACUUUAACGCUCGUUGCAAUGGAUACAGGCUCACCCCCUCUGACCGGCUCGGGUGUCCUCAGAGUUGUUGUCCUGGAUGUCAAUGACCACAGUCCUGAAUUUUCACGCACCGAUUACAGGGCCGAUGUCAUUGAGAAUCAGCCUGCUGGUACUUGGGUAGCUAAACCCACUGCUACUGAUAAGGAUGAUGGAUUGAAUGCAAAAAUUAGAUACAGCCUCCUUGGUGAGAACGCUGAUCGUUUCUCGGUGGAUCCAGAUACCGGAGAAAUCCUAACAGUGGUUCCCCUGGACCGCGAACAAACACCAAUCUACCACCUGACUUUAAUCGCCCAAGAUUCAAGUCCAACACAACCUGGUGCGACAGCAGUGAACCUCACGAUUUUCGUAAAAGACCUCAACGACAAUGCCCCACGAUUCUCGAGUCCUCGGUACACCGCGUACGUUCCCGAUUCAACAGAACCCGGGGACUUUGUCUUCGGUGCGAAAGCCGUGGACGGUGACGAAGGUGAAAAUUCCCGAAUCGUUUAUCACUUGCAAGGAGAGGACGCGAAGCGAUUCGUCAUAGAUCCCUCUAACGGAGUAAUCAGAGCAGCGCAGGACCUCUCCAACGGCAAGACAACCUACCAGCUCCAGGUGAAGGCGUCAGACUCUGGAAUAUCUCCCCAAACGGUCAUGGCAGAUCUGGUGAUCCACCUGUGGGAGCGCCAGCUCUUCCCUAGCUUCAGAUCCACCAUCAGCACCAAGUUUAUCCUCCCCGAGGACAUUCCCGAGGGCAGGACAAUCACCACUUUGAGCGCCUCAACACCGAAAGUGGGAGCUGCAAGCAAUCUUGUCUUUGGAAUGGCUGGGGGCAACAUCGGUGAUGCCCUGAGGAUCGAGCCCCAUUCCGGAGAGGUUCUCGUUGCCUCUGGUUUCGAUUUCGAGACAGAGCCUUACUAUGAGGCCUGGGUGGAGGUCAGGGACUCGGACAAUCCCCCUCUCCGAAGUGUUGUUCAACUUCUGAUUAAUGUAACCGAUGCCAAUGACAAUGCACCAGUGCCAGAAGCAGCUAUUUACAACGCAACAGUCAUGGAAGAGGAGUACCCACCCCUUUAUGUGACAAAGGUCUCCGCCAAGGACGCGGAUUCCGGGGAGAAUGGUCAGAUAACGUAUCACCUGGUUAACGACUUCGACGAGUCUUUCAUCAUCGAUGAGAACUCUGGUGAAAUCCACACGAAUCUCAAACUCGACAGGGAGGACAUAAGUUCCUACGAGCUAAUCGUCGAAGCCAGAGAUCAAGGUGAGCCAACUUUAUCAGGAACGGCAACUGUAUUGCUCACAGUCCUCGACAAGAACGACAAUCCUCCGAGGUUCACCCGACUCUUCAGUGUCAACGUCACAGAGAACGCCGAAGUGGGAUCCUUCGUGAUUAAGAUAACCAGCAGUGAUCAGGACGUGGGUGAGAACGCCAAUGUGACGUACCUCUUCACUGACAAUCCCGGUGGAAAAUUUUCCAUUGACCCUGUGACUGGCGACGUGGAAGUGGUGGGUCACCUGGACAGGGAGGAGCAAGAUGAGUACUUCUUGAAGAUCAGAGUGGUCGAUGGAGCCUGGGGUGCACAGACCACUCUCACCAUCACUAUUCAGGAUCAGAACGAUAACGCCCCUGAGUUCUCUGAAGAAUCAUAUCACUUCCACUUCCCAGAAAUGCAGACGAGAAAGGCUCACGUUGGACAGGUGACAGCCACAGAUUUGGACAAGCAGGGGCCGAAUUCAGUCAUCUCUUACAGUCUUCUUCAACCCUCAGACUUGUUCUCGGUGGAUCCUGCCACAGGAGAUAUCUACAGCAAGAAGACGAUUCAGUAUAAACACACAAACAGACCGUCAUCCCCUGAAAAUCUCUACCCCUUGACGAUCGUUGCCACUGACAAUGGGAGGCCACCUUUGUCCUCAAGAACGACCGUAUUCAUCAGCAUCGUUGACGCCAACAACAACGCCCCGAGAUUCGACCAGUCUUCGUAUUUGUCACCAGUUCCCGAGGGUCUCACCACCGGAAAGAAGAUCGUCAAGCUCUCUGCUAGAGACGACUCGGACUUCGGUGUCAACGCAGAGGUGGAGUACAGUUUGACCUCCGGAAAUGCCACAGAAUAUUUCUCGGUGGAGCCAUCAACCGGUUGGGUCUUUAUCGCCAAGAGCAUCAGUGGUAUCCCAGUGGGUUCCAUUUUCUCAGCAAAAGCCACAGCUGUCGACAAAGGUGUUCCCCCACAGAAGGACCAGGUUCCCCUCGUUCUUGUCAUCACUGGGGAAAAUCGACACGCCCCAGCCUUUGCUGCAGUAUCCUAUCAAGUUCGUGUCCCCGAAAAUGAAUCCGUAAACACCACAAUCCUGACUGUCAAUGCUGUUGACAGAGACGAGGGUCCAAACGGCAUGAUACGGUACAAAUUAUCAUCUAACAGCGAUCGAAAAGAAUUCUCGGUUCACCCCAUCACUGGAGCUGUCACCAUUCUGGAACCCCUGGAUUACGACACAAUUCAGGAGUACCGUCUCAAUAUUAGUGCCACUGAUCUGGGAUUCGAGCCCAAGACAGCAGUGGCUACUCUGACAGUCAAUGUCUCGGACAUAAACGACAAUCCACCGACAUUCGAUCAAAACGUUUACGAGGCAUAUCUUCUGGAGAACUCAAAGCCCAACAGCUUUGUCUACAAAGUCGUGGCGAAAGACAUAGACUCUCCGAAAUACGCCAUAAUGCAGUACAGAAUACUCGGUGGAACUGGCAAGGAUCACUUCCACAUCCAACCGAACACCGGCAUCAUCACCUCGAGAAUGACAUUUGAUUAUGAAGAAGCUAACGAGUACUCACUGGAUAUCGUAGCUGCUAAUCCUGAUUCAAAUCCUCAGAUGGUGGGAGUUACAACAGUUCUGGUGCACAUCACAGGGGUAAACGAGUACUAUCCAAAAUUCAUUCAACCUGUCUUCCACCUCGAUGUGUCUGAGAGUGCAGAAGUUGGGACUUCAGUGGGUCUUGUUCAGGCGACAGAUCAGGACUCGGGAGAGGACGGCAAGGUUUAUUAUCUGUUUGUAGGUUCCUCCAAUGAUCGAGGUUUCUCCAUCGGCCCUGAGACGGGGAUUAUUUCUGUGUCGAGGAGGCUAGACCGGGAGACACAGAACAGAGCCAUCCUCACGGUGAUGGCGAAGAACCGAGGAGGGAUCAGGGGUAAUGACACUGACGAGGCGCAGGUCAUUAUCUCCAUUCAGGAUGGCAAUGAUCCGCCAGAAUUCCUGCAGGUUAACUACGAGACAUCGAUUCCUGAGGGUGCUGCUCUGGGGAGCAGAGUUCUCACAGUCAGGGCUGUUGAUAAAGACGUGAGACCCCAGAAUAAUCAGUUCUCUUAUUCAAUCAUCGGGGGUAAUGUGGGACAGACCUUCAAGGUUGAUCCUCAGAGUGGAGAUAUUGAGACUGCAAAGAUGUUGGACAGGGAAACUAUUUCAUCGUAUCAAUUGAUUAUUGGGGCUAUUGACACGGGCUCUCCACCUCAGACUGGUACAGCUACUGUGAGGAUUGAGCUGUUGGAUGUUAAUGAUAAUGGUCCCACGUUUGACCCUCCGGAGAUCCUCGGGUAUGUCAAGGAAAAUGAACCUGCUGGCACCAGCAUCAUGACACUCACUGCUGCUGAUCCCGAUUUACCACCCAAUGGUGCUCCAUUCACGUAUCGAUUGAUUGGGGGACGACAGGCUGAUGCUGUUACCUUGGAUAAACACUCUGGGGUUCUCAGGACCACCAGGAGCCUCGACCGGGAAGUUAUGCCACAGUUGGAUCUUUUGAUCGAGGUGGAGGACUCUGGAAUACCAAAGAUGAGGAGUGAGCACACUGUGACUGUAAUUAUAAUAGACGAAAAUGACAGUCCAUCAAUGCCACGCUCAGUGCACAUUAUUGUGUACUCAUUGAACGGUGAGAGACCCAUGGGAAAAAUAGCUGAUGUCCAUCCAAACGAUCCUGAUACCACCGGCGACUACACAUGCAAAAUACUCCAGGGCUCGAAUCCCGGUGUACUUGGUAUACCGAUCGGUUGCGAUUUACAUACCAGUAAAAUUACCCCCGGCCUUGGAUACUCCCUGAGUGUAUCUGGAAACGACGGUCGACACCCCGAUGUCGUCUCCAAAGUGACCGUGGAAUUCCUAGUCUUUUCAAAUUCCACAGUGGAGAACAGCGUGACCCUCCAGAUAUCUCGUUUGACAGCCUCUGAAUUCCUGUCAAAACACUAUCGACCUCUCCUCGAUAUCCUGCAGGAGGAAACUGAGGCUGGCGAUACCCUGACCAUAUAUAGCAUGGGGGAAACCGAAGGAAACUUGAAUAUUUAUCUCGCCAUAGAAACGCCACAAGGAUUCAAACAAAAACCUGAGGUCAUUAAAUUCCUUUUGAAACACCAUAAAAAGCUGCAGGAUUUGCUGGAAGGCGCUCCAGUGACAAUUGGAUAUUCCCCAUGCAAGUACCUCUCCUGCGAGAACGGUGGGGCAUGCAGUGAUCAACUGGUGGUGUACGAGGACGCCCGAAUAACGAACAGUCAGUCCCUGAUCCUGACCUCGCCCCGAGUGAUCCAUGAGAUGAUUUGCCGUUGCCGUGAGGGUUUCACAGGGCCUAGGUGCGAGCGUCGACAGGAUCCCUGCUCGCCAAAUCCUUGCCUCCAAGGCAGCUGUCGAAGGCUAGGCUACGAUUUUGCCUGCACGUGUCCAUCGAACCGCGAGGGAAGACUCUGUGAACUCGAAAGAGGUGAUGCAUGUGCCAGUAAUCCCUGCAGAAACGGUGGCUCCUGCAAGGUAAGCCCCGAUGGCUCCUCUUUCUUCUGCUUGUGCAGAGCUGGUUAUCGAGGAAAUCACUGCGAGGCCGUCACCGACUCCUGCAGGCCAAAUCCCUGCCUCAACGGUGGCCUCUGCGUCGGCCAAAAACCAGGAUACAAGUGCUCAUGCCCUGAGGGAAGAUACGGAAGGCACUGCGAACGCUCGACCUUUGGCUUCGAGGAGCUCUCCUUCAUGUCUUUCCCUGCCCUCGACUCCAACACCAACGACAUCACCAUGGUUUUUGCAACGACAAAGCCAGACGCUCUUCUUCUCUAUAAUUAUGGGCCCCAAUCUGGUGGUCGAUCUGAUUUCAUUGUUUUGGAGUUGAUCAACGGGAGGAUCUCGUUCUCAUACGGAGGUGCUCGGAGUGCCAUCACAUCUCUUCAGGUCUCCUCAGGGAAGCGUCUGGACGACGGCGACUGGAGAAAAAUUACAGCAACGAGAAAUGGCCGCGUUGUUUCCCUCAGUGUAUCAAGCUGCAGAGAGCACGGUGACAUUUGCGACGAUUGCAGACCCGGGGAUUCAUCGUGCUACGCAGACGACGUGGGCCCCACGGGAACUCUCAAUUUCAACAACAAUCCUCUACUUCUUGGUGGCCUUGUCAACGCUGACCCAGUCCUCGAGCGACCUGGACAGGUGCACUCUGACGAUCUCGUUGGGUGUGUCCACUCGGUCUCAAUCAAUGGCAGGGCUUUAAAUCUGUCCAAUCCAGUGUCAUCAAGAGGCAUACGAAACACCUGCCCCAGGGCUGAGUCCGGUCUUUGCUCCAGGGAGGACUCAAUCUGCGGCCUCGGCGAGCACUGCUACGACAAAUGGCACCAGGUAUCCUGUCAAUGCAACACUUUCACUGCUCCGAACUGUCAUGGAGCUCUGGAGCCAAUCAAUCUGAGUGACAGUGGCUACGUUGAAUUCAAGAUCUCGGAGAAGCACAAACGAAUGCAGCUACUGGAUUACAUGUACGGUGGGAGUACUCUCUGGAGCAAGAGUAGAGUAACAAGAGCCACCAAAGACACUACCCUCUUUCCUCUUGGUGUCACACCACCGAAAAAAGUGGGACUCAUGUUUAGAACUGUGAAAUCCAAUGGAAUUCUUCUUUAUGCCGCCACUAACAAGCAUUAUACAUCGAUAGAACUUCGGAAUGGUCAGCUGUCCUAUGCAUCCAUGCUCGGAUCAUCGGUCAAUAUGACUGGUUCAAUGGAGGGUGGACUGGCCGAUGGAAAGUGGCACAAUUUAACAAUCGACGGUCACUCCCGAGGCAUCAGAAUUCUUAUCGAUGGAGUGCCCACAGGAGACGAGCUGGAUUCAGCUGGAGUCCAUGAUUUCCUGGAUCCUUACCUCACCGUAUUCUUCGUUGGGGGCGUCAGGCGUGAUUUGUAUUUCCCAGAGGGUCUUCCCAUUAUUUUUGAAGGAUGUCUAGCAAACUUUACUAUCAACAAUGAGAUCCAACCGUUCAACGGGUCUGGCUCGAUCUUCAAGGAGGUCCUGUACCACGGGAAGGUGUCAAGAGGAUGCAGAGGGCCCAUUGGCAUCAGUGCGGCUGCAGCUGCAGAUCCCCUGAGCAUCGGAAUAACCCUGGUGAUUGUUUUCUUUGUCACUCUCCUGGUGGCUAUUCUUGUGAGCUUCGUGGUGUUUAGGCUUCGACGUCAGAGCAAGGAGAAAGCUCCAUCAGUCGUCAAUAAGAAUACCAACGCUAUUAUGACGGGGAAUUCACUCGUUGGAACAGGCAAUGACAGCAUUAUGUCAAGACACGAGAAUACUUAUAUCUCUGAUACUUCUGAGCUGAGGGUGCACAAGGGGCCUGAGCUCAUCUCCAAGAAGUAUAAGGAGAGGGAGAUAAAUGAGCACAGACCCCAGAGGCCUGAUAUAAUCGAACGAGAGGUAACGAAGAGUCCACCGAUCAGGGAUGAACAUCCACCACUGCCUCCUCAGAGCUCUCUUCGAUCUUAUGACAAUACAGAACCUGAUGUGCCUGAGCAUUACGACCUGGACAAUGCGAGCUCAAUAGCUCCGAGUGAUGGAGAUGUUAUUUAUCAUUAUAAUAACUUCAGGGAGGGAAUGAGAUCCUAUAAAGCAACACCACCACUGAUUGGGGGUUAUGGGAAUCACCAUAAACACACAGGAGGGCCUCAUCGUCAUGGUGGGCCUUUUCCACCUCGAGCCAUGCCUCCACCAAGUGUUGGACAGUCGUCAGGUCCUGCUCCCAAGCUUCUCCAGAGUACUCCACUAGCGAGACUGUCACCUAGCAGCGAAUUGUCAGCCCAACAGCCUAGAAUUUUAACUCUUCAUGACAUCUCUGGUAAACCUCUGCAGAGUGCCCUUCUGGCGACGACAUCGUCAUCUGGAGGAGUGGGAAAAGACGCAUUGAAUUCAAACAGCGAACGCAGCCUUAAUUCACCGAUUAUGAGUCAAUUGUCAGGAUCAACUGCCAGCAGAAAGGCUCCUCAAUCAACGAAUGAGAACGGCAAUAACGUGGGGUCAGGGCCCAUGGGGCUGACUGCUGAGGAGAUAGAGAGGUUGAACUCUAGGCCAAGAACGUCGAGUCUUGUCUCGACUCUCGAUGCUGUGAGCUCGUCGAGUGAGGCCAGGGGACCUCCACCACCUCCUCACAGUGCACUGCAUCUGCACAGGAGACAUACUCCACCCACUGAGAGAUUGGAAAGAAGAAACUCGUCGACCACUGAUGAGAGUGGUAAUGACAGUUUUACCUGCUCUGAGAUCGAGUACGACAAUAAUUCGUUGGUAGGGGACAAGAGGUCGGAUAAUUUAUACAGCAAACCUGUUGAGGAGCCACAGAGGGCCAGCGAAUCACCUCAAUCCACCAAGAAUCCACUUCCGAAUAAUUACGAUGGGUUUGACAGCUCGUUCAGGGGUUCUCUCAGUACUUUGGUCGCUUCUGAUGAUGAUUUGUCAACUCAUAUGGGAAGUCUGUAUAGACCCAGCAACAAUGGAUCACCCAGCACCAAUACUGCACUCAGUUGGGACUAUCUGUUGAAUUGGGGUCCUAAUUUUGAGAGCCUCGUUGGAGUCUUCAUCGACAUCGCUGAACUGCCUGACAGUGCCAGCAGAAUGCCCAACAGCUUGAGACUCCCUGCCAACAUCCCUAAACCUUCUGAAGAGUACGUUUAGACUUACUCACUUGCCAUUAACUGUUUUAUGGAGAGAAUUGUGUAGUGAAGAGCUAGUUUAAUAGGUGAUUAAGAAUUGGGGAGACAUCUUGUAUCAGGAUGUCUUGAGUAUUUUUUGUACAGAGUAUAGGGAUCAUGUGGAAUUUUUGUCUUCCCAAGAAGCACUGAUACUGUGCCAUUUUUCUUUGUGAGGGGAAAGGUCUAAAUAGAGAAUAAACAGGCAAAUUAAUAUUCACGCGAAUUUGGGGUCAUGAAAUUCUGCGAGUGGAUCGAUUGUUGCGUAUUUGAAUUUUUUAUUAUAUUUCGGUGUUGAUACGGUAGGUUCUGAAUUUAGACAAUUCAUCUUAAUCUGGAAAGACGUGUUUUUAGGGUGAAUCAAGAAUUAUUGUACAUAGAAUAUUUCGAUAAGCCAUCGAUUGGGGAGACCAUUCAAUUCUGAGACUGAUUUUUUUUUCUUUUCAUACAACUGCCAUCAAGUUACACUGAAGGGAGUCUCUCGAGUGUGUACAUUUUUUUCUGAACACUGUAAAUAAUUUUUUUUAUCAUGAUUAAUUAAAUAGAAAAUGAGUGAAUGUUAAUGCUUUUGUAUAAAAUGA